AUGAGUCAUAUCGUUUAUCUCAGUUCAGACGACGACGAGGCUGAUAAACCAGUAGACGCUGAAGGUGUCUCCGAUGAGAAGAAACACAAGAGCAAAAAAAGAAAGAAAACCAAGACCACUGGCCACCGGAAAUCAAAUUCGAAGGUGAAGAAUGAAGAUGGAGACGACGACGACGACGAUUGUGUGGUCUUAGAUUGUGAUCCUUACCAGACGACGGAGAAGGAGACUACAACUGACACGUGUGCAACCGAUGAAGUGCUUGUAGUUGGCCAAAAGGGUGAGAUAGCUUGUAGAGACUUCCCACAUCCGCGACAUGCUUGUGCUAAGUACCCAUUCAACACCACACCACACGAAAACUUCUGUGACAUGUGUCACUGCUAUGUUUGUGACAUUCGAGCUCCGUGUCCUUACUGGCGCAUCUUAUUCUCCAGCAUGGAUCACUGCCACGCCAAUAGCAAAGAACAGAUGUGGAAGAACCAACGUGAAAGCAUCAGGAACGGAGAGACGCUUCCACGUCCUGCUUCAUCGAAACCUCAACCGCAACAGCUCUCACAGUCUCAGUCUAUGCGGUCUCCACAAAACCCGUGGUACUCCCCUGCAAUCCGGCCUUGCUCGGUUAGCCCAAACACACACACCAGACCCGGUUUUAGCACCGAGCAGUCAAGAACCGCCCCGCAAAAUCCCGGUUUACAGCCUCGUGGACCCGCCGGAUCUUAUAAUGCUAACCGAAACCCCCAAUUCGUCUCUUCCAAUCCAUUCGCAGCGACUCGUAGACCAAGCGGAGCCGUUUAUCCUCCGGUGCCACGUGGAGGCGUUUAUCCUCCGGUACCACGACGUAGAGGCAGAAUAUACAGGGCUUCACAAGGCAAUCCACAGGGGAUGGUUACUGAUUAUAUCUCAACUGUGCCGGAAUCUGCCACCAAAGUGUUCGCUAGACAUUUCAACCGGAAUAUGUAUUCUGGUAAUGUUCAGGCGAGUGUAGUGCCGUCUGCGACUACUAAUCCUCCGGCGAACCAGCAGCAACAAUCAGGAAGGAGUAACAGUAAAGCACUAUCGGAGUUUGAAGACUGGCUCAUGAACGACAAUACCCCGACCGGUCCGGUUUCUCCUUUGCCUGGUCAAGACAAUGAUGGUGCUACUUUCGCAUUCGACUUCGAGAGCUUUCUGAAAUGA